CAGUAUCCUAAAACCAGCACGAUGCCUGGACUCAUUAACAAGGAGAACCAGAGCGCUCUGCCCCUCAGCGUCUCUGACAUCACUUCCUGUGUCAGGGGCUACACGCUGGCUCUGACAGCCUCCAUGACCUACGAAAACAUCGAGGAUCAUGCAAUCGAGGGGAUCUUCAUUUAUCCCCUGGAGGAAAACUCCAUCGUCGUCGGGUUCGAGGCGAUGAUAUCCAGUCAGAUCAUUACACUGCAGAUCAAGGACAAGGCAAAGAUUGAGGACUGUUACCUGGACAGCUGCCACGCGUCUAAUGGAGGCCUCCAGAGUGGCAGUGGACACAUAGUGUUGGAUGAGGAUUUGGAGAGGACGGUGUUGGUGGUUAACCUUGGAAUCAUUCCUCCUAUGGAGACGGUCCACAUUCUGGUCAGUACCUCCUCGGAGCUGUCCACCCUGCCCAGCGGGGGCAUCCGGGUGUCCUCCCCACCGGUGUGCACACCUCGGGUACAGAGGACGAUCAACGAGGAGCAGGGACUGUCCCCGAACUUCUCCAGACCGCGGGACAGACAUCCCUGUGCCACAAGUCCUCACGAUCAAACCCCCAACUCUCCCCAGCUGUGGUUGACCUCCCUGCUGGAGGAGGAGGCCAUCAACUCCAUGGACUACAAGUUCAACUUCCAGCUGGAGAUACGCGCUCCUUACCUCCUCGCAGGUGUGGAGAGCCCGUCUCACGCCAUCCGAGCAGACGCUGACCCUCUGGCCCGCUCUGCCACCAGUGUGGUCGUCACUCUGGCGGACAAAUACACGUACGACUGCCCCGUCAACAUCCUCAUCUACCCCAGCGAGCCUCAUCUGCCUCAUGUGCUCGUGGAGAACGGAGACAUGACCCAGGAGGAGUACGACGAGUAUCUGCACGGCCGCGGUGAUUUCAUCAAGGCCACUAAGAAGGACUCCAGCAACGAGAGGAAAGUGGACGUCAUUCACAGGCGUCUCCACAAGGACAUCCUCCACAACCCCGUGGUCAUGCUGAACUUCUGUCCUGACCUCAAGUCCAUCAGCUCCGACCUGAGGAAGGUGCACGGCGAGUUCAUCUUCCUCAUCGACCGCAGCGGCAGCAUGAGCGGGGUCAACAUCAACCGCGUGAAGGACGCCAUGGUGGUGAUUCUGAAGAGCCUGGUGCCCGGCUGCCUCUUCAACAUCAUCGGCUUCGGCUCCACGUUCAAGUCGCUGUUCACGACCAGCCAGAACUACGAGGAGGAGGCCGUGUCCCUGGCGUGCGAGUAUGUCAGGAAGAUCCGAGCCGACAUGGGGGGCACCAACGUCUUGGCGCCGCUCACCUGGAUCCUGCGACAGCCGACGUUCAGCGGACACCCCCGCCUGCUGUUCCUGCUCACCGACGGGGCCGUCAGCAACACGGGCAAAGUGAUCGAGCUGGUCCGCAGACACGCUCGCUACAGCAGGUGCUUCACGUUCGGCAUUGGACAGAACGCCUGCAGGAGGCUGGUGCAGGGGCUGGCGACCGUCUCAAGAGGGACGGCGGAGUUCCUGGCGGAGGGCGAGAGGCUGCAACCCAAGAUGAUAAAGUCCCUGAAGAAAACCAUGUCUCCGGUGCUCAGCGACAUCUCCAUCGAGUGGCUCUUCCCCGAGACCAAAGAAGUGCUGCUGUCUCCUGUGGGCAACACCUUCCUGUUCCCUGGGGACAGGCUGAUCGGGUACAGCGUGGUUUGUGACACCACCCGUUACCACGUCAAUCCCAAAUCUGACAAGAGGAGGCGCUACAGCAUGAUGCGCUCCACCGAGUCAGCCAGCUCCGUGUUCUACCACUCUCAAGAGGAGGACCCGGGGAGGAUGAGCGUGGACAGGGAGGCGCUCUCCGGGCCUCUGUAUGACUCCUACCAGGACUCCAUGACCGACGGCAGCCCUGUCACCACGGAACAAGACACCACGGGGUUGGAUAAGACGUCCCCAAGGAGACGGGCGUACAGCACCAACCAGAUAAUCGACUACAACCCAGCGAAGAAGGUGUUCACCCCCAGCGACCCCAGCUCUGUGGUGGCCAAGAAUCCCCUGAGGAGAGCGAAGGUCCAGGAGCUGAUCGGCCAGAUGAGUCCGGAGCACGAGGCCCAGUGGAAGAAGGACUACCAGCCACAGUUGGCGAGCCUGUGCGCCUCGUCUUCCAGAGGGCGUCCUGCCAUCUGCCCGCGGCCGCUCCCUCAGCAGGAAGCCGACUCUGAGCCUCGUUUCCCUCUGCAGCCACAAGACGAUCCUCUGCCCGGCAGCAUCAGCAGCGGCGGCUUGGUGCCAGCAGCUCAGAACACAGCUGGGGAGGAAGCGUCCAGAUCCUCCACUGACAGCCCGUCUGUCGGCAGCAGCGGAGGAGACACAGACGGUUAUGGACACCAGUUGUGUCAAGCAGAGACACCACAGGAGACCCACGUGUCGGUACUGGGCUCUGCCAACCAGCACAGGGCCGACUGCAAGGCCGUGGUGUCCGGGCUGCUGAGCGGGAAGCCCGUGAAGUGGGAGGUGGUGUUCGAUAUCGAGCCGUACCUGAACGGGCGGGAGCGCGAGGAGAAGGUUCACGAGGAGCUGUGGAACGAGACCUUCCACCACCUGGCCGGGCACUCCAUCAUACACGACUUCGAGCACAUGGCGGACAAAGAGUGUGAGAUCGAGCACGGCUCUGGCAGGAAGUACCAGCAUUAUGCGAUUCACACCAGCAAAUCCUGCAAUAUACUGAGCAAAUACACAGCGUUCGUUCCCAUCGACCUGGACACUAACGAGUAUCUACAGACGUGCAUUGAACACUUAAACCCCGAAGGUCUGAAGAAGGGCUCACACUCCGGCUCUCGCUCGGGGAGCAGGAAGAACCGAGGCUACUCCAUCGGACUGGGUCGCUCGCAGUCCGGCGGCAUGUCGCAGGAAGCUGAGGACAUCCAACCGCUGCCCAACAGUGGAGAGGAUGGCGUCUCUCCGUGCAGCACCCCCUCCUCCUCUGGCUGGGAGAGAUGCAGCUUCACAGAGGCCGCCCAGAGGAGUCCGUCUGUGACCUCGGACCAAUCACAGAAAUCGGUGGAGAGCCUUUUUUCUGCCAGGUUGGCCCUCAGCAGGACUCGUCUCCUGACCCGAGCGGCCAAAGGCUUCAUGUGUCGAUCUCACAGCAGGUCCGGUGAUUCAAUCGGAGAAAGUGACAACGAGAACAAAGACUACAUCCCUGUGGUGUUGUUGCAGUUGGCGUGUGGAGCGUUUCCUCUGGACACAGCUCUGUGUGACGCCAUUAAUGUUCCCAUGGACAAGCUCAAGUGGACGUCCCCCUUCACCAGCCACCGCAACAGCCUGGGCCACUUGUCUCACUCCAGCAGCCGCCGCGCUGAGAGCGCAGAUCACAAACCACAGUGUGAGCCAGAAACAUAUCAACCACCAGCAGAGCAAACUGUCGGCAUCUCCAGCCCCUCUCAUCUGCCCCGGAGCGCCUGGACGGAGUCUUCUCCUUCCUCACUGGGAGGUCCCUCCUGUGCUGCUGAGCCCCCGGUCUCCCCACACUCCACCGGGGACAGUGGUCGGAGCUCUGGGUCCGGGGGCCUUGAAGGAGCGUCACCUGGUGGCGUGCUAAAGAGGAUGCUGAACCCUGAGAGCAUGCUGUGGGCCACCGCUGUGGCCCUCGCCUGGCUGGAGCACAGCUCGGCCAGUUAUUUCAUAGAGUGGGAACUGGUGGCGGCCAAGGCCAGCAUGUGGAUGAGUGCGCAGGACAUCCCGGAAGGUCGAGAUUUAGCCUCCAUCAAGGCUGCUGCCAACCAGCUCUUCAUCAUCCUCAGACACUGGGAUGAGAACCUGCAACUGAACAUGCUCUGUUACAACCCUAACAGCGUCUGA